UCUCUUCAAACGAAAGAUAAGACAGAUACUGACCACGAAAUAAAUCGUAUUUGACUUGAAUCAACAUUUGACUUGCGCUAUUGAUAAUACAAGAUAUAUCAUGAUGAUGUAACUGAAAAACUGCCCGCUUCAAGUGAUAUGCAGUCGGAGACUAUAGAAGAAAACUAGAUCACAUAAAUGUCUGGUGUGGGAAAGCCUACCACAUGUAAAGAUGCUAUAAGAAGAUGGGAAGAAGCAACUGGACUCGAAGCAUCUUCCGCAGUCGAAGUCAACCUCAGUUUUCAGUGGCCACCGAUCGAGAAAAUGGAUAAUACUUUGUCCUCUCUCGUAAAGUGCGAAAAACUUACCUUGUCGACUAACAUGAUUGAGAAGAUUGGUGGUAUUUCGUCACUGAAAAAUUUGAAAAUUCUCUCCAUCGGUCGUAAUCUAAUCAAGGCAUUCUCGGGCCUUGAACCGCUAGGAGAAACCUUAGAGGAGUUAUGGAUAUCGUAUAACAGCAUCGAAAAAAUGAAGGGAAUAACUUCCAUGAAGAACCUCAGAGUUUUGUACAUGUCGAAUAACUUGGUACGCGAAUGGAACGAGUUGUCUAAACUGCAGGAGCUGCCGAGUCUUAGAGACUUACUUUUUGUCGGAAAUCCUCUCUGCGACGGUUUAGAGACUGAAGCAUGGAGAGCAGAAGUAGCCAGGCGUCUCCCAAACUUGGAGAAACUUGACGGAGAGCCAAUUAUUCGUACAGAUGAUGGACCCUUAGGAGCUUUGGCGAAGACCGAAUGUCCGCCAUUGCCAAAAUCGCCAGAGCAAACAGUGGGAUGACGCUGUCCGCUGUUUUGUAUCUUUAUGUUUUUACUUAGGGCUUUUCCACACAUCGCCAUGGUGUACACAUAA